GCGAGCUUUGCUUAUGUGUGUUUAUGUUUAUUGCAUAGUUUGCUUGUUACAGUGUAUAUUUUCGUCUAUGUAAGUGUAAGUUAGUAUGUUCAUGUAUCUAUUAUGCUUAUCCUUAUCCUUCCUACAAUACAUUUAAAAAGCGCUAUUCUAGAAAAGGAAUUUCGUUUUGUAUACAUAGCCUUAGAGCCACACUCAUAAAUUUCACAGGAGGUUAGGAAGUGCAGCUCCGUUUCCAUCUCAUUUUGUGGGCUGUGUGCACAUAGCCUGUCUUCUCUUGAGAGCCAUGUCUGCCUACAGCGGCCUUUCUCAAUAGCAGGGUAAUGAGUCUGUACAUAGUCAAAUAUUUUCUUAAGUCUGGGUCAGUCAGGUAUUCUACCACAGUGCAGUCUCUGUUUAGGGCUAAAUAGCAUUCGAGUUUGCUCUGUUUUUUUGUUGUUAACUCUUUCCAAUGUGUCAAGUAAUUAUCUUUUUGUUUUCUCAUGAUUUGGUUGGGUGUAAUUGUGUUGCUGUCCUGGGGCUCUGUGUGUCUGUUUUUGAACAGAGCCCCAGGACCAGCUUGCCUAUGAAACUCUUCUCCAGGUUCAUCUAUGUAGGUGAUGGCUUUGUUGUGGAAGGUUUGGGAAUCACCUUGGGAAUCACCUUUUUAUUUUUUUUAUUUUACCUUUGUUUUACUAGGCAAGUCAGUUAAGAACAAAUUCUUAUUUUCAAUGACGGCCUAGGAACAGUGGUCUAACUGCCUGUUCAGGGGCAGAACGACAGAUUUGUACCUUGUCAGCUCGGGGGUUUGAACUUGCAAUUUUUCGGUUACUCGUCCAAUGCUCUAACCACUAGGCUACCCUGCCGCCCGUUUUCGGUGGUUGGUUGUAGAAUUUUGGAUAAUUAACGGGUAUCGGCCUAAUUCUGCUCUGCAUGCAUUAUAUGGUGUUUUACGUUAUAUACUGAGGAUAUUGGUGCCUGUCCCAUUUUGUGAAUUAUUGGUUGGUGAGCAGACCGCAGACCUCACAACCAUAAAGGGCAAUGGGUUCUAUAACUGAUUCAAGUAUUUUUAGAUCGUUCACAGCUUUGUGGAAGUUUUCCUGUGGCGCUGAUGUUUAGGCCGAGAAAGACAGGUUUUGGUGUUUGAAUGCAGCAAUGUGACUCAUGGCUUUCUACAGUGCAGUGCGGAGAGACCAGAUACCCUGAGGUGUGUUGUCUGUCUGCAUUUGUCGAAAAUGAACAAGGGAGGGAGCUGCACAAAUAUCAGACAGCCAGGCACCAUGCAGGGGGAACCCUCCCCUCAUCCCUGAGUGCUGAUAUUUCAGGACUGGAGCCUGAGUGUGUCAUAUCAGAUAGUGUCAGACUGAAUCCAGAAGUGGGGAUGAUAAGAGCUUCCAGAAAGUAGCCUUUGAGAAACCCUGUGGAACAUUUUCCUCUAAUAGCCAUUUUCAAGCAGUGUCAGAGUUGGUUAUUGACCUUCUCAACGGUAGUUUCUUCAGAUCAAACUCAGUGGUUUUAGCGAAGAGCCAGAAUGGAGUGGUCACUAGAGAGGGUGAGGGAGAUGGUGGCUGGAGGGAUGCAGUCUAUGAGGGACUGUGAGUCCAGUGCCUUUGGCACAGCCAUGUGCCUGCUGCUGCUCUUUGUGUGGUACUGUUACAGGGUAGGUCGUGAGCACAGCUCCUCUCCCCUGCGUGGGGGGUACAGCACUGAGCCCAGUCGAAUAGGAGGGGGUGGGGGGGCCUUGAUCAGCACAGAUGGGGAUGGUAGGGCUAAAGGCAGGCCGGUGUCAGGGGUGGAGGAGCAGAACGGCUUUGCUUACUGCCAGUCCGCUGAGUCCUUUCGCUGCACCAACACAGGGGACGGUCUCAAUCAGAAGCUGUACCACAGCCUGCAAGAUUACGCCAAACGCUACACCUGGUCGGGCAUGGGCAGGGUACACAAAGGGGUACGAGACCAGGGUCGCUACCUUACCAGCCGGCCCACCAUCCAGAGGCCAGAGGUUUUCUUCCUCCCUGACCUGCCCUCAGCACCCUUCUUCUCCCGGGACGCACAGAAGCACGACGUGGAGCUGCUGGAGAGGAGCUUCCCUGCUCUGCUGGCUGAGUUUGAGAGCAUCUACCACUCCCCCCCAGCAAGGGCUGGCUCCUCCCUUCCUUUGGGCUGGAAGUCCAACAGCACCCCCCAUGGUCAGUGGUGGACCUUCUACUUGUUGAACCAGGGCACUCCGCUGGCCCUCAAUGCCAGGAGGUGCCCCAGGGCCUGGAGGGUGCUGGGUCAGCUGCGCACCUUUAUCUCCAACAACGUGUUUGGAAACGCCUGCUUCUCUGUGCUGACCCCGGGAGCCCUGAUCACUGAGCAUUACGGCCCAACCAACGUCAGGCUGCGCUGCCACCUGGGUCUUAGAGUGCCCUCUUCCUGUGAGCUGGUGGUUGGCGGGGAGCCACAGUGCUGGUCUGAGGGGAGCUGUCUUCUGUUUGAUGACUCCUUCCUCCACAGGGCCUUCCAUGAGGGUGGCCCAGAGGACGGCCCCAGGGUGGUCUUCAUGGUGGACCUCUGGCACCCUAAUGUGGCAGCUGCUGAGAGACAGGCUCUGGACUACAUCUUCACCCCUGGGCGCUGAGAAGAUAAGGAGUUUGUCGGGCGGGGGGGGGGUGAAGAGAAACAGAGCUACAGAGAGAAAAACAGAGGUAAAGGGCAACGGAGAGAAUGUCUUUCAAAAUUUGGUGAAAAAAGAGAGAGUUGGUGAAAAAAGUAGAGAAGAACAGUGCGAGUGGGGCGGGAGGGAGCAUUUCUCUUGUCCCGUUCCCGCACUCACUGUGUACAUAUUCUCUAUUCUCUGUCUUGUUCAAUUCUGCUUUCUCCCUGUAACUCUUAGCACCUGCUGACUUUGACCAAACAGCCAUAAUGUAAAAUGUUAUAUUUGAAUGUUUACAGCCCCAAUCCUUAUCUCUGUGAUUAUCCCUGCCCAUGUGUGAUACUUUACUGUGCUCUCCUUUAGAAAUCAAUACAGCUUUCACAAAAACAUGGUUGGAUGAGCACAUAGAAACAUUUUUUUUAGAGAUCAAAUGAUUUGCUUGAAACAGUCUGUGUUGUUGCUACACAGACGGAAGGCUUGUAUUUGGUAAAUUAUCUAAUUGAUUAAUGGUUGUAAUAUGGUUGUAUUUGAUAUCUUUGUAUUUCUGUAAAUAGAGUUGGAGUACAAAACAUAUCAGAGGUUUUGAAAUAUAAUUGUCUUACAAUCAAUAGUUAAGUUAUUGUGUGGUCUUAAUAUACUGGUACUGUAAUGUCAUCUUCUCUUCUGAGCAUUUGUCAUUUUGAUACAUUCAGUUUUAGAUAUCUGAAAUGUUUGGCUAUUGUUCAGUGACAUUUUAUAUAAUGCUGUGAUUUUUUUUUCAGCUGUAUAUCAAAUUUAUGGUGAUAUUCUACCCCAAUAGAUUCAUAUUUGUGGCAUUUGUACUAAUUUUGAACAGUAUUUAAUAAAUGGCAAAUUAUCUGAAUCAGCCUA